AUGCUACAGCCCUCACCUACAAACCCUAUCGUCACUCAGGCUACUUCUCACCCCCAGCAUUCUGGCAUAGAAACGGCGAGUGAUUUGCUGGCCCGGCCAUUGCCGAUACUCACUCAAGAAAUUGGGACCCAUCACCCAUCAAACUCUCGGUCAUUUAUUUCAGUGAGAUUGUUCCAUGAAUGGACCUCGUUUAAGGACGACGUUCGUGAAAUAAUUCAAAACACUGAUCUGAAUGGGCUUGUCCCGUGCACGGAUGUCACUGGUGACACCUAUGUGAUUGGAAGUGAACUUGGCCUCACCGGGCGGUUCGACAAGCAUGUCUGCGACGCCGUCUCUCUAGCGUGUAAGUAUGCCGGGCUCCCUUUGCAAUUCGGCGAUCGUCAAGCCGCGCUUCCUCCGACUGACGUGAUUCCUGACGUCGUUCUUCUUCAACCUGGUCAAUACCGGAAGACCAUUCUACCAACCGAGCUGAAGACAUUCUGGACCGUCAGACUCGAUGCCUACCAAAUCGGCGCUGGCUGGUCCAGUAUUAGCCCACUGCAAUGUCAUCUCGGUAACACGUCUGAAUGUUUUGUCGAAGGCACACGAUUGACAGAUAUCUAG